CUCUUACGUUUUCUUUUUUCCACUAUUUAAAGGAACCCGAACUCCCAUUUUAUUUUCUUCUUUCUUCUUUCACAUUUUGUUAGUGAUACCUUCUCUUUACAUUUUAACAUUGUAUUGUGGUUCUGCAAUCUUUCUGAAAAAUGGAGUAUGAAGGAAACCAGCAACAUGUUCUGGAGAAGUAUGAGUGUCUCCUUUUUGAUGUAGAUGACACUCUUUAUCCUUUGAGGUCUGGUUUGUCACAGCAUGUCACUAAGAACAUUCAAGAAUAUAUGGUUCAAAAGCUUGGCAUUGAGGAAAGUAAAGUUGCAGAAUUGUGUGUUUCCUUGUACAAGCUCUAUGGAACUACAUUGGCUGGUCUAAGGGCUAUUGGGCAUAAUAUUGACUAUGAUGACUUCCAUAGUUUCGUUCAUGGAAGAUUGCCUUAUGAUAUCCUAAAACCUGACCCUGUUCUUAGAAAUCUCUUACACAGCUUACCAGUUCGGAAAAUUGUUUUCACCAAUGCAGAUAAAACACAUGCCAGCAGGGUCCUCAGUAGACUGGGCUUGGAGGAUUGCUUUGAAGGGAUCUUGUCCUUUGAGACAUUAAAUAACACUACCAAAGGCAAUGAAUCUGUCAAUGAGGAUGAAAAUGGAGUCUUCGAUAUCAAUGAGUACACAGCUGCUCCUAAUGCUGGACUUGCGCUUCCGAGGUCCCCAGUUGUCUGCAAACCAUUUGAAGACGCCUUUGAGCAGGUUUUCAAGAUUACCAGCAUCAACCCGCAGAGAACUUUGUUCUUUGAUGAUAGCAUCCGUAAUUUACAGACCGGGAAACGAUUGGGUCUCACCACUGUGUGGGUGGGCUCUUCUCAUCGAACUGAAGGUGUGGACUAUGCACUAGAGAGCAUCCACAAUAUUAAGGAAGCACUGCCGGAGCUCUGGGAUGCGAAUGAGAAGUCUGACGGUGUCAGGUAUUCAGGAAGGGUGGCAAUUGAGACAUCAGUGAAAGCAUAGCUUAUAUGUUGAUGGGGAUUUCUUAUAAAAAAAAAAAAAAAGAAACUAAGUAUGUAAGGGUCAGUACGUUGAUCUUUGUAAAAUUGUAACAGUUGGGCCAUUGAGCUUUCACAUUUGCUACUGAUGUUCUAUGUAAUAUGGAAAGUACCUGGCUAAUGUGGCUUUAAAUCA